GCCGUGUUUACAGAGAGACGGAAAAUGGAGGGACCUUCCUGUGCCAACCCCUCCACGCCCCCCCCCCCCGGACACCUGGGUCCCUCCGGGGCUGGCUUGGGCGUACGGGGGCGAGUCCCCCUCUGAGCGCAGGAGGAGAAACAGCCGCAGAGGCAGGAAAUCGGGGGUUGCAGGGCCGGGGGUGGGGCUCGGAGCCCAACCGGGGCUGGAACCGGAAACCCCCCCCCCCAGCUGAGCCAGGUCCGGGCCGCAGGAGAGCUCCGGGGCAGGGGGCUCAGUCUAUCGGGAAGCAAAGCAGGGCGCUGGCUGGAGAUGGGGAAAUUGUGAGUGAUGAUGGUGCAGCGAAGGCAGAAGGGCUCAAUGGGCAUUUCUGCUCUGCCCUUGGAAAGACGCUCCAUGGAGUAUUGUAAUUGUACGGUAUGUAGAACUGCCAGGGGUCCCGUUUUGUCCAGUCGAAAAGGGGACCGGACACUCAACGUCCGGUUAUCGGUGUAACCGCAGGCAGCCUCUCCGCGCACAGGGCGGCAAGAGCAGCAGCUGCUGCUACCUGGGGGAGCUGCUCAGCUGUUGACGGAGAGAAGUGGUUCCAGCCUCCAGCAGACUGAAGUAGGCUGGGUACUGGGGCUGCCCAGAAGGGGAAGAGCAGCCACUGCUGUGCCCUGAUUGGGCAGCCAGGCUUCCUAUCAGCUCCUCCCGGCGUGGCUCUGCAGGUGGCAGGUGAGUGGGGGAGGGGGGCAAGCAAUGGGGGGGGGGGGAGGAAUGAUGGGGGGAGGCUUGGGGAAGAAGCAGGGCCUCAGGGAAGAAGUGGAAUGGGGCCUGGGGAGGGAAAGUAGAAAGUUGGCAACCCUAGCCCCAGACCCUCACUCUGAGGUCCGACCCCACCCCCUGCACACCCUGCUGUGCCCUGAUUGUCCCCACCCCAGCCCCUUGCUCUGGGGACUGUCCUCCACCCCACUGUGCCACGAUUGAUUUCUCUGACACAACACUCAGCAAAGGUUUGAACAAUGGAUGCCGUGUGUUAAGAGUCAAUGUAGUCCAGAAAAAUGAAGAUGAUCCCUGAGAAUCACCUUUUUGACAGAACUGUGUACUCUAAGGAAUGCCAGUGUGCAACCACAAGCAGAGGGGAGCAACUGGCCUUUAAAGAGUUAAGUGCCUAGCCAGCAGGCUUCAGCGGUCAGCUACGUUGUUAACAUCGCAGCAUCCGCAGUCGAUGUUCUUUUAUCUGGUGGCUAAACUGUGCUGCAGUCAGACUAGUGCGAGGUGAAAUGGCGGCACCCGAAAAGAGAAAGAUUCGCAGGCUGUGCUCUUUUAAAGACAAGUGGUUGCAACUCCCAGCAUAUCGGAAUUGGCUUAUGAAGGCAAGUGAAGACUCGGGGUAUUGUUCUAUUUGUCGUGUUCAAUUCACGGUUAAGUUUGAUUCUGUAAAAGCUAUCAAGCAUCAUGCGGAGACACCGGGUCACAAAAUCAAAGUACGAGCACAGGUACGGUCUAGUACUAUGGAUAAAUUCUUCGUAAAGGCUGAUACCUCUGAAGAAGAACACAUGUGCACAGCUGAAUUGCUUCUAACAUAUCAUGGAGUUAAACACCAGCACAGCUACCGUUCUCAAGAUUGCGGAAGUACGCUGUACUGCUCCAUUUUCACUGAUUCCAAGAUAGCUUCCAAAAUUCACUGCAGAAGGACAAAAGUGGAGGUUUUGAUCGAGAAAGUAUUAGCCCCCCAUUCAUUGAAACUGGCUUUGCAAGACAUUGGAUCAACAUCGUUCUCAAUAGCGAUGGAUGCUUCUAAUAAAGGGAACACAAAAUUAUUCCCAGUUGCCGUCUGCUACUUUAAUAAAGAUAAGGGAAGCUGCAUGUGUAUCAUAGACUUUUUAGAGGAUGCAGACGAAACAUCAGAGGCAAUCGCAAACAACUUAAAAAGUUGUCUUCAAAAUGCCGGUCUGAUACAUAAUCGAAUUGUGGCGUAUGGAGCAGACAAUGCAUCUGUUAAUUUUGAAAAACACAAGUCUGUUUUCGUGCACCUAAAACGAAUGUUGGAUUUACCAAACCUUGUGCCAGGCCAUUGCAGUGCUCACAUACUACACAAUACGGCGAAACAUGGCUUGAAAAUGCUCUCUUAUGAUGUAGAGCACUUGGUCAUCAAUGUUUUCAGUGAAUUCUCGUCCAGUGAAAAGAAUAUUAGUGAACUUAAAGAGUUCUUUGACUUCAUGGGGACAGAAUAUUCAGAAAUCUUACCCCAUAUAUCUACACGUUUUCUGACCCUUUUCACUGCAGUAGACAGGUUACUGAAGAAUUGGCCAGCACUCAAAUCUUACUUUGUGAGCAAAGGAGAGGAAAAUGUGUGCCGUGCAAUAUGGGCCUUCCUUUCUGAGCAAGAGCAUGCAGUGUCCAACGAUGAAACUCUUACGCUUCCCGAGCUGUACAUCUAUUUUGUGCACAACAUUAUGAACCAAUUUAACAACACCAUAAAGGUUCUUGAGAGUGAUUAUGUUCAGGUAACUGAACUGUAUACUAAAUUCAACAAGCUGAGGAGAGAGAUUCAGAAUCGACAAGAGAGAGGAUUCUAUGGGUACAAGGUGACACAGUUCUUGAAGAAACUACCACCUAACAAGCAGAAUAAAUUUGUUGGAGAUGCCCAACGGGCUUACACACGCAUGGUACAGUACCUGGAAAAGUGGUUUGAUUUCAGUGAAAACUCUUUCUAUAAGUUGUGUGCGCCCCUCAAUCUGGACAGACCUCUUGAGCUAGACGAACUGUGUGCUUUGACGACAAGCUUGGGCAUUCAAGUGGACGGAGAUGAACUAUUUACAGAAAUGUGUACGUUGAAUGAUGUGCUACCGACCCUAAAGAGUUUGACAAAUUCUGCUGAAUCGACACUGCGUCGGCAGUCACAAGAGCCCCACAAUGUCUCCGAGGUGUGGGUAGAAUUCUUUAAGCGCUGCGAGGCCCCGAACUUACUUAAAAUUGUGCAGCACGUGCUUGCUAUCCCACCCAGCAACACGUUUGUGGAAGGCAUUUUCAGGGUUAUGAAGAACUUGCGGACCGACAAAAGGAAUCGGCUCCAAGUGGACGUGGCAAAAGCUGAGCUAUUCGUGCACUUCAACUAUCAAAUGACAUGUGCCGAGUUUGCUGGAUUUUUGAAGACGGAAGCGGCUAAGGAGCUUGUGGGAGCGGCAAGAAAAUAUCAGAAAGCCCAGCCGCUGUCCCCUGAUUGGGCAGACAGGCAGGCUCCAUGUGAGCUUCUCCCAGCCCAGCUCUGCGGGUGGCAGGUCGUGGUGGGUGUGAACGUCAAGGAAGAGAACUCAGAGAAGAUGGCAUCCCCUGGGGCAUUAUGGGAAUAUCCUGGCUUCCAGCUGAAAUGGCUGCAGCCCCAUCCUGAGUGUGUAUCCCAGGAUGCAGGACAGGGUGAACCUCCAGGACCCCAGAACAAUGCACCACAUGUCCCCAGAGCGGCGCCCCAGCCCCUCCAGGAAAUAGCAUUUCCAGCGCUGCUGCCUGAGCUCAACUCCUCUCCCCGACCCGCGACGGAGGAGGGGCAAGGGUCCCUGGAGCAGCCAGCACUGAGAGGAGAGUCCUGGGGGCUGCAGGGGCCGGUGCAGUUUGAGGACGUGGCUGUGACCUUCACGGAGGCGGAGUGGGAGCUGCUGGAUGAGGACCAGAGGGAGCUGUACAGGGACGUCAUGCUGGAGAACUAUUGGAGCCUCCAGUCGCUGGGGUUCCACAUUCCCAAGCCAGAUGUAAUCUCCUGCAUGGAGCAAGGGCAGGCGCCGUGGGUCCCGGAUCCCCUGCCCACCCCUAAAAGGUGCCAUACUACAGGGCCCUGUCACUCCAGACAUUGCACAAAUACUGGACCAGAAGACAAAGCGCUGCCCUAAGAACUGUAGUCUAAAAAUACCACUACAGGAAUGGUGCCGGGGGGGAAGGGUUGGAAUGGCAUCAAAUAUAUUGGUCUAGCAGCUGUAAUUCCCGAAUGCCCCAUUCCAUGUUUUUUCCAUUGGUUUAGGGCAAUCCGGGCUGUUUGGCUGAGUCCAGAGGGCUCAGGGGUUUAUGUGUGAUUGACCCAAGUAGAAUGGAAGGUUAAAUAAGGGACAGGAGUGGGUUUCUCUGGCCCACUGAGAAGGUCCAAAUUGUGCUCCCCUUCCCUGAUGAGUCCUGCCCCUGCUCUGAUAGCUGGCUAUAAAAUGGCUGGAUUUCGCUCCAAAACUAUGACUUCCACCCUGGGCACUUCAGUUCAGUCUUCUUCGUAGGCAGCCGAAAGGGGAUUUCUUUUUAUACUAUAUUCUCCCAGCAUGCUUUGCCACAGACAAGGCUGUUUAGAUGGCUGUCAUGGUGGAUUGUAUUUCCCAGCAUGCCUUGUCACAGGUAGGGCUCGUAAAAUGGCUGCCAUGGUGGAUGAAGCUUCCCAGAAUGCCUUGCCACAGGCAAGACUACAAAGAUGGCUAUUAUAAUGGUGGAAGGUUCCUAGGCCGAGUUAGACAACCCCUCAUGGCUGGCUUUCCUGUGUUCCAGCCAGCGUCAGGGCCACGAGAGGUGGCAAGGAGCUGAGGUGGUGGCAGUAGGAAGCUCCCGAGAGGGUGGCGCUGCCCCAUGUCCCCUCCCCACAGCUGCUGAGCACAUGGGAGCAGUGCCACCGCUGCCCCAAAUGCGGUAAAAGCUUCCUCACCACCUCGGCCCUGCAGAUGCAUCGGAGGAACCGUUCUGUAGAGAAGCCAUUCCAGUGCAGUUCCUGCAGGCUGCAGUUCAGCCAGGGUUACAAUCUGAUCAAGCACCAGGCCCCGCACAUGGGGGGAGCGCCCCUACUGGUCCCCUGACUGCAGCCAGUUUCGCUGUCAGAGCAACUCCAUCAUGCACCGCUGCAUGGCCCAUGCCUGCACCGAGACCGCCAAGAGCGUCACCGGAAGCUCCAAUGUUCUCAAGCGCGGGGCCCGCACAGUCUGCCGGCCGCAUCUUUGCCACCAAUGUGGGAAGAGCUUCGUCUCCAGGUCCAACCUGCAGGUGCACUGCCUCAGCCACAGAGGAGCGAGGCCCAACAAAUGCCCCCAAUGUGGGAAAAGCUUCAUCCGAGCUCUCUCCAAGCUCAUCGGGCAUCAGCGCAUGCACACGGGCGAGCACCCCUUCACAUACCACGAGCGUGGGAGGGGCUUCAGCCAGAACUCGCACCUCGCCCAGCACAGGAGAGUCCAUGUGCCCUGAUGGCCCAGGUGGUGCUGGGUGGCCGGCGUGGGACGGCACUCACUGCUCACAGACAUCAGACACGGUUUAGAAGAAGAACAAACACACAACCCUGGCAAACUGAAAUGGGCAGCUCUGUGUUGCGUGGGUCUGCCCAUGAGCCUGCCCUUCAAAGUGAAAAUAAAAUAAAGCAUCACUUUAAAGAAA